AUGAGGGAUAAAAAUGACACGUCGGUCGGAUGUGCAGACGAUUUGUCUGAUCUACAAGUCAGCAUGCGCCAGCUGCAGGUUAUCUCUUCUGCUACAGCUACACCCACGCCUAGUUCGAUAUCUAGCUUUACCACUGCAUCUACAACGAGUACUUCUUCAAGAACCACAAGCACCAUCGCAUCUUCAACACCCAUGAGGACUAAUGAAGCAAAGCCAGCGUCGUCAACCAAUACCGGGGCCAUUGCAGGCGGCGCGGUCGGGGGUGUGGCUGGUGUAGCGAUAUUGAUUGCACUUGUGUGGUUCUUUUUGCGUCGACGAAACAAACAACGAAGAAAUGAGUCACAAUCUAUGCCUGCCCCCUCUACAAAUCACCCUCAAGCACAAGAAUAUUUCUCGCAAUCGCAUAAUGAGCGCCAACCUCCGUCGGAGCUCGACGCCCGGAAGCAACAACAGGUUUCCGAACUAUACGCUGGGCCUGAUACCUACCAAUAA